AUGGCUGAUAAAAGUGGGAAGAUCCUCCCAGGACAAUUGUAUAUUGAGGUGGAGUAUGACUAUGAGUAUGAGGCCAAGGACAAGAAAAUUGUGAUUAAACAAGGGGAGAAAUACAUCUUGGUGAAAAAGACUAAUGAUGAUUGGUGGCAAGUGAAAAAAGAUGAAAAUUCCAAACCCUUUUAUGUGCCAGCACAGUAUGUGAAGGAAAUACCACGAAAAGCGCUGAUGCCACCUGUUAAGCAGGCAAGCAUGCUGCCAAAUAACGCUUUGAAGUUGACACAUGGAUUACAGAGAUCAACAGAAAAUGUGAAUAAAUCACCAGAGCUUUCUAGUUUUGGAAAAUCUUCUCCAGUACAAGUGUCUUGCUUCCUUCGAGAUGCCAAUCAGAAUGUGGGACCAAACAGUAGCCCUGGUCAAACUCUUGGUUUGAGUCUGGACCUUACCCAAAACAAUGGGAAACUUAACAAUGAGUUGCAGUCUCCCAAGGUUUCCAAUCAGUAUAGAACCAUCUCCAUGGGUCAUUUCCCAUGUCAAGAGUUCUUGGAAAUAGAGAAGACCAGCUUUUUGCAUGAACAAUCUUGUGAUUCAAGAACAGCAGGAGAAGGCUCAGAAAAAAUUCACCAAGAUUCAGAAUCUGGAGAUGAACUGAGUAGUAGCUCCACAGAACAAGUGCAGCCAACUACUCCACCAAGCCAAGGGAGGCCUGAUUCACCAGUUUAUGCUAAUUUACAAGAACUGAAAAUAUCUCAGUCUGCACUUCCACCACUACCUACAAGUGCUCCGCUCCAAAUAAAUGGGGAAUGGGAAACCCAUAAAGAUACAACAGGACGCUGUUAUUACUACAACAGAGGAUCACAGGAACGAACCUGGAAACCUCCACGGUGGGCCCGAGAUGCAAGCGUUAAUAAAGGGGAUUCCCAGAGCCAUGCAGAUCAUGAGCAUCUUUCAUCAGAAGAAAACGACCACAGUUCUUGUUACAGCCAGUCAGAUAGUCAGUAUGGUUCUCCUCCAAAGGGUUGGUCAGAAGAGUUGGAUGAACAUGGUCAAACCUUAUAUACCAAUGACUAUACUAAUGAAAAGUGGAUAAAGCAUGCAGAUGAACAAGGUAGACCAUACUACUACAGUGCUGACGGUUCCCGGUCAGAAUGGGAGUUACCUAAGUAUAAUGCUUCACCACAGCAGCAGCGAGAUAUAAUAAAGAGUAGGAGUCUGGACAGGAGGCUACAAGAACCAAUAGUUUUAACAAAAUGGAGGCACAGCACAAUUGUUUUGGACACCAAUGAUAAGGAAUCAUCAACUGCUUCUAAGGCCAGUUUUCCUGAAAAUGAGUCCUCUCCUUCUUCACCAAAGCAUCAAGCCACA